AUGUGGACAAUCAUUCCGCUCUCUUUCUCCUCUCACACCUCCCCCUCUUCGCCCUCGUCCACGUCGGGUCCCCCAGACGAGGAUAAUACAGAAGCACUCGUAAAUCACUACCUCAAUCUUGGUCCCGAUCUUACAGAACUCUACGAGCAAUGGUCCUCUGCAGAUACCAAUUUCAAGAAGAAGGCGCCCAGAUUCGCUGGCGUCCGCAUCCUAAAGCAGGAUGCGUGGGAAGCAUUGAUGGAAAAGCUUUGCCUACACUAUGGCCCUCUCAUCGGCCACCUGGACUCAAAGCCCUACCAUGACAUGCCUUCGCCCUCUGCCUUGACAAGACCAGGUGUAGAAGCUCAUCUCCGUCAACUCGGCUUUGGCUAUCGCGCCAAAUAUCUCUAUCAGACCGCACUCCUCGUUACCCAAGAUCAUGAGCCUGGCUGGCUUGAUAGUCUACGAAACCCUGAAUCGCCCGUCAUUGGUGCAAAGAUAGCAGAUGCGGGCAAGAUGCUACCUGGUGGACGAGAAGGCUACCGUACAGCUCACGCAGAGUUACUCACGCUUCAAGGCGUAGGUCCCAAAGUCGCAGACUGCGUUUGUUUGAUGGGAUUAGGGUGGGGCGAAGCUGUACCAGUUGAUACUCAUGUGUGGCAGAUUGCACAACGAGAUUACAAAUUUGGUAAAGGGAAACAUAGCUCUUUGACGAAAGAUACGUAUGAUGCUGUGGGAAACAAAUUUAGGAGCUUGUGGGGAAAGGAGGCCGGAUGGUCGCAUAGCGUGCUGUUCACGGCGGAUCUAAGAGCUUUCUCGGAUAGACUCACUGCGAAGACGGAAACGGUAAAGGUGAAGGCGGAAGUUGAUUCGGAAGAGAAGGCUGUGAAAGAGACCGUCCAAAGAACAGCAGAUGUCCUUAAACCUGUGAGCGUGAAGAGGGAAUUUGAGGGCGAAGAGUCAACUUUAAAUGUAUACGAAUCAAGUACCAAAAAAUCUGUUAAGAGAAGGCGGAAGGGAUGA